AUAAAAUAAUUUGUCUAAACCAUAGACCACCAGUGGUCUAAACUCGAACGUUGUUGUUUAGAGUUGUUUUGUGACUGUCGGAAACUAGAAUUGUUUAAAACAAGUUUACCAAAUUACGCGUCAUUUGCAUAAUUGUGUAAAAUUUUUGUAGAAAGCCACAAUGGGGGACAGCCAAAGUGAAAAUCAAGCUUUGCUGAGAAUUGAAGAGGUCGCAUGUGAUGAUGUGAGCACAAUCUCCCCAAUUGGGCCCGAUGAGUUGCCUCCGCCAUAUCAACAAGUAGGGAUGCCUAUGGUCUCUUGCCGAGUGUGCCAAGCACUGAUUGACAUUCGUGGGAAAAAAGAGCAACAUGUAGUGAAAUGUUCAGAAUGCAAAGAAGCUACGCCUAUAAAGAAUGCUCCGCCAGGCAAGAAGUAUGUUCGGUGCCCUUGCAAUUGCCUACUAAUUUGCAAGUCAUCUUCGCAACGUAUAGCUUGUCCUCGUGCUGAUUGCAAGAGGAUUAUCAACCUAGCACCAUCACCAGUUACUCCACCUGUGCCCACUCUGCCCGGCAUGGAUAGAGUAAUCUGUGCACAUUGUCAAGACACAUUCUUGAAAGCCACAAUGGGGGACAGCCAAAGUGAAAAUCAAGCUUUGCUGAGAAUUGAAGAGGUCGCAUGUGAUGAUGUGAGCACAAUCUCCCCAAUUGGGCCCGAUGAGUUGCCUCCGCCAUAUCAACAAGUAGGGAUGCCUAUGGUCUCUUGCCGAGUGUGCCAAGCACUGAUUGACAUUCGUGGGAAAAAAGAGCAACAUGUAGUGAAAUGUUCAGAAUGCAAAGAAGCUACGCCUAUAAAGAAUGCUCCGCCAGGCAAGAAGUAUGUUCGGUGCCCUUGCAAUUGCCUACUAAUUUGCAAGUCAUCUUCGCAACGUAUAGCUUGUCCUCGUGCUGAUUGCAAGAGGAUUAUCAACCUAGCACCAUCACCAGUUACUCCACCUGUGCCCACUCUGCCCGGCAUGGAUAGAGUAAUCUGUGCACAUUGUCAAGACACAUUCUUGAAAGCCACAAUGGGGGACAGCCAAAGUGAAAAUCAAGCUUUGCUGAGAAUUGAAGAGGUCGCAUGUGAUGAUGUGAGCACAAUCUCCCCAAUUGGGCCCGAUGAGUUGCCUCCGCCAUAUCAACAAGUAGGGAUGCCUAUGGUCUCUUGCCGAGUGUGCCAAGCACUGAUUGACAUUCGUGGGAAAAAAGAGCAACAUGUAGUGAAAUGUUCAGAAUGCAAAGAAGCUACGCCUAUAAAGAAUGCUCCGCCAGGCAAGAAGUAUGUUCGGUGCCCUUGCAAUUGCCUACUAAUUUGCAAGUCAUCUUCGCAACGUAUAGCUUGUCCUCGUGCUGAUUGCAAGAGGAUUAUCAACCUAGCACCAUCACCAGUUACUCCACCUGUGCCCACUCUGCCCGGCAUGGAUAGAGUAAUCUGUGCACAUUGUCAAGACACAUUCUUGAAAGCCACAAUGGGGGACAGCCAAAGUGAAAAUCAAGCUUUGCUGAGAAUUGAAGAGGUCGCAUGUGAUGAUGUGAGCACAAUCUCCCCAAUUGGGCCCGAUGAGUUGCCUCCGCCAUAUCAACAAGUAGGGAUGCCUAUGGUCUCUUGCCGAGUGUGCCAAGCACUGAUUGACAUUCGUGGGAAAAAAGAGCAACAUGUAGUGAAAUGUUCAGAAUGCAAAGAAGCUACGCCUAUAAAGAAUGCUCCGCCAGGCAAGAAGUAUGUUCGGUGCCCUUGCAAUUGCCUACUAAUUUGCAAGUCAUCUUCGCAACGUAUAGCUUGUCCUCGUGCUGAUUGCAAGAGGAUUAUCAACCUAGCACCAUCACCAGUUACUCCACCUGUGCCCACUCUGCCCGGCAUGGAUAGAGUAAUCUGUGCACAUUGUCAAGACACAUUCUUGAAAGCCACAAUGGGGGACAGCCAAAGUGAAAAUCAAGCUUUGCUGAGAAUUGAAGAGGUCGCAUGUGAUGAUGUGAGCACAAUCUCCCCAAUUGGGCCCGAUGAGUUGCCUCCGCCAUAUCAACAAGUAGGGAUGCCUAUGGUCUCUUGCCGAGUGUGCCAAGCACUGAUUGACAUUCGUGGGAAAAAAGAGCAACAUGUAGUGAAAUGUUCAGAAUGCAAAGAAGCUACGCCUAUAAAGAAUGCUCCGCCAGGCAAGAAGUAUGUUCGGUGCCCUUGCAAUUGCCUACUAAUUUGCAAGUCAUCUUCGCAACGUAUAGCUUGUCCUCGUGCUGAUUGCAAGAGGAUUAUCAACCUAGCACCAUCACCAGUUACUCCACCUGUGCCCACUCUGCCCGGCAUGGAUAGAGUAAUCUGUGCACAUUGUCAAGACACAUUCUUGAAAGCCACAAUGGGGGACAGCCAAAGUGAAAAUCAAGCUUUGCUGAGAAUUGAAGAGGUCGCAUGUGAUGAUGUGAGCACAAUCUCCCCAAUUGGGCCCGAUGAGUUGCCUCCGCCAUAUCAACAAGUAGGGAUGCCUAUGGUCUCUUGCCGAGUGUGCCAAGCACUGAUUGACAUUCGUGGGAAAAAAGAGCAACAUGUAGUGAAAUGUUCAGAAUGCAAAGAAGCUACGCCUAUAAAGAAUGCUCCGCCAGGCAAGAAGUAUGUUCGGUGCCCUUGCAAUUGCCUACUAAUUUGCAAGUCAUCUUCGCAACGUAUAGCUUGUCCUCGUGCUGAUUGCAAGAGGAUUAUCAACCUAGCACCAUCACCAGUUACUCCACCUGUGCCCACUCUGCCCGGCAUGGAUAGAGUAAUCUGUGCACAUUGUCAAGACACAUUCUUGAAAGCCACAAUGGGGGACAGCCAAAGUGAAAAUCAAGCUUUGCUGAGAAUUGAAGAGGUCGCAUGUGAUGAUGUGAGCACAAUCUCCCCAAUUGGGCCCGAUGAGUUGCCUCCGCCAUAUCAACAAGUAGGGAUGCCUAUGGUCUCUUGCCGAGUGUGCCAAGCACUGAUUGACAUUCGUGGGAAAAAAGAGCAACAUGUAGUGAAAUGUUCAGAAUGCAAAGAAGCUACGCCUAUAAAGAAUGCUCCGCCAGGCAAGAAGUAUGUUCGGUGCCCUUGCAAUUGCCUACUAAUUUGCAAGUCAUCUUCGCAACGUAUAGCUUGUCCUCGUGCUGAUUGCAAGAGGAUUAUCAACCUAGCACCAUCACCAGUUACUCCACCUGUGCCCACUCUGCCCGGCAUGGAUAGAGUAAUCUGUGCACAUUGUCAAGACACAUUCUUGAAAGCCACAAUGGGGGACAGCCAAAGUGAAAAUCAAGCUUUGCUGAGAAUUGAAGAGGUCGCAUGUGAUGAUGUGAGCACAAUCUCCCCAAUUGGGCCCGAUGAGUUGCCUCCGCCAUAUCAACAAGUAGGGAUGCCUAUGGUCUCUUGCCGAGUGUGCCAAGCACUGAUUGACAUUCGUGGGAAAAAAGAGCAACAUGUAGUGAAAUGUUCAGAAUGCAAAGAAGCUACGCCUAUAAAGAAUGCUCCGCCAGGCAAGAAGUAUGUUCGGUGCCCUUGCAAUUGCCUACUAAUUUGCAAGUCAUCUUCGCAACGUAUAGCUUGUCCUCGUGCUGAUUGCAAGAGGAUUAUCAACCUAGCACCAUCACCAGUUACUCCACCUGUGCCCACUCUGCCCGGCAUGGAUAGAGUAAUCUGUGCACAUUGUCAAGACACAUUCUUGAAAGCCACAAUGGGGGACAGCCAAAGUGAAAAUCAAGCUUUGCUGAGAAUUGAAGAGGUCGCAUGUGAUGAUGUGAGCACAAUCUCCCCAAUUGGGCCCGAUGAGUUGCCUCCGCCAUAUCAACAAGUAGGGAUGCCUAUGGUCUCUUGCCGAGUGUGCCAAGCACUGAUUGACAUUCGUGGGAAAAAAGAGCAACAUGUAGUGAAAUGUUCAGAAUGCAAAGAAGCUACGCCUAUAAAGAAUGCUCCGCCAGGCAAGAAGUAUGUUCGGUGCCCUUGCAAUUGCCUACUAAUUUGCAAGUCAUCUUCGCAACGUAUAGCUUGUCCUCGUGCUGAUUGCAAGAGGAUUAUCAACCUAGCACCAUCACCAGUUACUCCACCUGUGCCCACUCUGCCCGGCAUGGAUAGAGUAAUCUGUGCACAUUGUCAAGACACAUUCUUGAAAGCCACAAUGGGGGACAGCCAAAGUGAAAAUCAAGCUUUGCUGAGAAUUGAAGAGGUCGCAUGUGAUGAUGUGAGCACAAUCUCCCCAAUUGGGCCCGAUGAGUUGCCUCCGCCAUAUCAACAAGUAGGGAUGCCUAUGGUCUCUUGCCGAGUGUGCCAAGCACUGAUUGACAUUCGUGGGAAAAAAGAGCAACAUGUAGUGAAAUGUUCAGAAUGCAAAGAAGCUACGCCUAUAAAGAAUGCUCCGCCAGGCAAGAAGUAUGUUCGGUGCCCUUGCAAUUGCCUACUAAUUUGCAAGUCAUCUUCGCAACGUAUAGCUUGUCCUCGUGCUGAUUGCAAGAGGAUUAUCAACCUAGCACCAUCACCAGUUACUCCACCUGUGCCCACUCUGCCCGGCAUGGAUAGAGUAAUCUGUGCACAUUGUCAAGACACAUUCUUGAAAGCCACAAUGGGGGACAGCCAAAGUGAAAAUCAAGCUUUGCUGAGAAUUGAAGAGGUCGCAUGUGAUGAUGUGAGCACAAUCUCCCCAAUUGGGCCCGAUGAGUUGCCUCCGCCAUAUCAACAAGUAGGGAUGCCUAUGGUCUCUUGCCGAGUGUGCCAAGCACUGAUUGACAUUCGUGGGAAAAAAGAGCAACAUGUAGUGAAAUGUUCAGAAUGCAAAGAAGCUACGCCUAUAAAGAAUGCUCCGCCAGGCAAGAAGUAUGUUCGGUGCCCUUGCAAUUGCCUACUAAUUUGCAAGUCAUCUUCGCAACGUAUAGCUUGUCCUCGUGCUGAUUGCAAGAGGAUUAUCAACCUAGCACCAUCACCAGUUACUCCACCUGUGCCCACUCUGCCCGGCAUGGAUAGAGUAAUCUGUGCACAUUGUCAAGACACAUUCUUGAAAGCCACAAUGGGGGACAGCCAAAGUGAAAAUCAAGCUUUGCUGAGAAUUGAAGAGGUCGCAUGUGAUGAUGUGAGCACAAUCUCCCCAAUUGGGCCCGAUGAGUUGCCUCCGCCAUAUCAACAAGUAGGGAUGCCUAUGGUCUCUUGCCGAGUGUGCCAAGCACUGAUUGACAUUCGUGGGAAAAAAGAGCAACAUGUAGUGAAAUGUUCAGAAUGCAAAGAAGCUACGCCUAUAAAGAAUGCUCCGCCAGGCAAGAAGUAUGUUCGGUGCCCUUGCAAUUGCCUACUAAUUUGCAAGUCAUCUUCGCAACGUAUAGCUUGUCCUCGUGCUGAUUGCAAGAGGAUUAUCAACCUAGCACCAUCACCAGUUACUCCACCUGUGCCCACUCUGCCCGGCAUGGAUAGAGUAAUCUGUGCACAUUGUCAAGACACAUUCUUGAAAGCCACAAUGGGGGACAGCCAAAGUGAAAAUCAAGCUUUGCUGAGAAUUGAAGAGGUCGCAUGUGAUGAUGUGAGCACAAUCUCCCCAAUUGGGCCCGAUGAGUUGCCUCCGCCAUAUCAACAAGUAGGGAUGCCUAUGGUCUCUUGCCGAGUGUGCCAAGCACUGAUUGACAUUCGUGGGAAAAAAGAGCAACAUGUAGUGAAAUGUUCAGAAUGCAAAGAAGCUACGCCUAUAAAGAAUGCUCCGCCAGGCAAGAAGUAUGUUCGGUGCCCUUGCAAUUGCCUACUAAUUUGCAAGUCAUCUUCGCAACGUAUAGCUUGUCCUCGUGCUGAUUGCAAGAGGAUUAUCAACCUAGCACCAUCACCAGUUACUCCACCUGUGCCCACUCUGCCCGGCAUGGAUAGAGUAAUCUGUGCACAUUGUCAAGACACAUUCUUGUAUCAAUCUCUGAAGAACAUGCCUGUUCGGUGUCCUCACUGUCGGAAGGUAUCAUUUGUUCGUUCACCAUCCGGCGGUUCCAAAGCUCGAGUUAAAGGUAUUAUAUUUGCUGUUCUGGCUGUAAUUUUCCUUAUCAUUGCUUUGGGUGUCACCCUUGGCACAUUGUCUGCGGCAAAAGCUCACGGCGGCGGAAUCUUUGUGGCUUAUGUGGGAGCGUUCCUGGUCUCCGUCAUAUUGGCCAGUCGUGCCGUCUACUACUUCAGGAUGAAAGAGAGUUCCAUCGAAGGAACGAUGUAAAUAAAUAAAAAAGUAUUUAGUUGUGUUUAUAUGUAAUAUUUAUAUGACUUGAAAAUGUAUAAAAAAAAAAACAUUUCCAUUUAUUGAUAUAGUUUGAAUUAUUCAUUAUUGAAAGCUAUGUUACUAGGUAGAGCCGCGUUUGGUCUGUUUAUAGAUUACGGUAAUGUUUCACAUCUGCAGUGCAUCUUUAAUUUUUUUUAUUUUUUUUUCUUUAUUAAAGCCAUGCAAUCUUUAAUUUUCUUAAUAAACAAUUUUAAGAUCAUUAAACUAAAGGACAUGACGGAAAACGAUUACGUAACCUAAUAAUAUGUAAAUUAAAGAACUGGUGUCUAUAAUUUGUGUUGCGUCUUAGUUACACAAUCAUUAAUGCUGACCUUUGGUAGAAGCAGGAAGGUCGAUUAUGGAAAAAAGAAAUUAUGUGAACCGCAUAUUUAAUUUUGUUUAUUUUUAUAGAAAUAACAACAUUCAUACUCGUAAAUUACAGUCACAAACAACAAUAUCCAUGACACUGUAUGAUUACGUAAUAAUCCAAAUAGCAAGACGUACCUACCUAAUUGUUAUUAAAGAAAUUACAUUUCUUUUCACACUUUCACACCUCCGUGUUUCGGUAAGUUUUGAAUUGUGUGCAGAUUAAAGACAUCAAACAGAUACCAGUAAAAAGAUAUUGAACUCAACAAUAAAAAAUUUCAGGUAUUUUUAAAAUACCUAAAAUGUAUUAUUUAUUUAGAUUAGAGAGGGUGGACGGAUUAACAGUUAGAUCGCUAAAAAUCAUUCGAUUUAACGAAUGAUUUAUUCAUGAAAAUACUCAGCAACCUAAACUGAUGAUUUUUCUGAAGUGAAGUCGCUUACAAAAUGGCUGAUUGACUAUAAUAAAAUAAAAGUGACUUUCCAUAAUCACAAAUUAAAAGAACUCAAAAUUUUAUCUUAGAGGUAAUGCAAACGAUAAAAAGGAAAUAAUUUAGCUCUGCCACUGUUAUUCAAAGCUUCAAAAUAAUUAAUCUAUCAGACAAUAAAUACAGCGUGUAAGGCAAUCGCUCCCGGGGUCAAAACGGCAUUCAUUUCUAACUUAACAGAUAAGCCUAAAUUUCUACGAAAAAAUAAUAAUAUAAUAAUCUAUAUAUUAUAUAAGAAUGAAUUGCUGUUCCUGAGUCUCGCUAAAACUCGAGAACGGCUGGUCCGAUUUGGCUAAUUUUGGUCUUGAAUUAUUUGUGGAAGUCCAGAGAAGGUUUAAAAGUUAAAUAAAUAUGAAAAUGCUUGAAAUUAAAUGAAAAUAACAAUUUUGUUUUUCCUUUGAUGUGUCCCCCGUCGAACGGAUUCCUUUUAUUUGAGGCACUGCGAAGUCUGCCGGGUCAGCUAGUAAUAAAUAAUAUUUAUUCGUAGCUAAGUUUAGAUAGUUAUGUGUCUAGUAAAUUGAUGCUUCAUAAAUCCUCAAUGUAAAGCGUGCAAAUGUCGAGGGUGUUAAUUUACAUUGCUCGGAACCAGUGACAGCUAGAAGUAUGCUCGCGGGAAGACAUUAACUUCAUACGUCAACUUGAUUUUAUUUUUCGUUACAUUUCAAUAUUUAAAUAAAGAUGUGAUGUGUAAAAAUAAAAAUAAAAAAUUAAGAAGAAUGCGAAUUGAGAAAAAACGUGAUUCCCCGGGGAAUAGUUCUUCAGUCACCCGCAAAUUCCUGUAACCUGUCUCGACAUUGCAUUUGCAUUUCUUGGCUGUCUUGUAGUGGACCAUUAUUAUUCCGCGCAUCGUUUUUUUAGUGGUGUUCUAUGACCGCUUGAGCCGUACUGGAUGUGCGAGCUCUCAUUAAAUAAAUAAAUAAAAAAGCCCUUUAUUCCAUGCAAUUACAUAUUAUUAUUUUUAGUAUAAUUAUGUUAUAUGCAUGAACACCUCUCAGGUAAGGGCCUCCUCCAAAGAUUUCCAUUUUGUUUUGUCUCUGGCGACAUAAAUCCAGUGUGGUCCGGGAACUUUUCUAAUGUCGUCCUCCCAACGCGUGUACGGUCUACCGACGCGCCGCUUGCCCUGUGGACCGUCCCAUGCGGUUACUUUAGAUGUCCAUCUCCCAUCCCCGAGUCGUGCUACGUGGCCAGCCCACUUAAAUUUCAAUCUUUGAGCAUAUUUGAGAGCGUCCACUGUUUUGGUUAUGCUUCUUAUCUUUGUAUGACGGUUUCUAUGUGUUUUUCUUAUGUUGAGCAUGCUGCGUUCCAUUCCCCUCUGGCACGUUAUUAAUUAUUUUUUUAUGUUACACGUAAAUUUCCACGUCUGGCAAGCGUAUGUAAGACAUGGCAAUAUACAAGUGCCCAUCAUUUUCUUUUUCACUUCUGCGGGCUCUCAUUAAACUACAGUAAUUACACAAUUUUUUUUUCAUUAAAUUGUCCUGAAAAUGUGCUGAGAUUAUUCCACGGCACUAUAAAAUUAAAUUAAGCACCUACGCAUAUUAAUAACAGCGUUUAAUUGAAAUUUGUAAACAUAACCAGGACUUAACUGUAUUAUUUUAAUUAGUCUAUUUACAGGGUGAAUUUUGUAUAUUUCUAAUAUUAUUUUAUGUUGUUCAAAAUUAUAUAAAAAAAAUACAGGAUGUGAAGGUGUAACUGUUCUCGAAGCUGAAACGGCAACAAUAUAAAGUUAAAAUUAUGUUCACUUAUAAAUUUAAAAAAAAAAUAAUAAAAUGAAAUAAAGGUGUUUUUAAUAGGUUGUAAUAUCCGUUAUGUAAUGCGAAAUAGGUGGACGGACGCUGUCUCUCGCGCGUUGCAGACUAGGCUUCAAACACCGGCCGAUUUUUAUAAAUAUAUCGGAUUUAAAAAUUAAAAAUAAUAUUUUUGUUCCAUUAUUAAUUUGUGGAUCAUCAAUUCCAUAAUCCGUCUUCGGUUUUGGGAAUGUUUACAAUGCACCAUAUAUUGAGUAUUGUUCAAUAAAAUAUACUAUAUUUUUAGGUUAAUCAAUUUGAUUGUUUUUAUUGUGAAGAAAAGUAAAAAUACCAUAUUGAUUUAUAGGAAAAUAAUAAAAUAUAUGUACCUACAUAUAUCAAAUUCGUUACUUAUGUGUUUUUUAAAUCACUGUAAUUACAACAAACCACCAUACAAGCUGAAUAUCACUCACUAUCAUUUCACUAUCCAUUUACUAAGUUAAAUUAUAGUUAACGUUUCUCAUUUAUUUAUAGUAAAUUAAAAAUUUUAAGUCUCUCGAUAAAGUACUCUGCGCGCUUCGUACAAUGAAAAUUCAUUCUUAAUUAUAUUAUUAUUAACAACGCCAGUUCUCAUAUUCGGGAACUAUUUCAAUGAGAUCAGUGUGCUUAGUGUGAGUUUCUUAACGCUCUCGAUAGCGUAAAAGUUAAGUCAAUUUUGUAUGCAGUUGGAACAGCGCCCCUAGCGGCAAACGUACGCAAACGAUCCCAUUCCAUACAAAUAUGAACUAACUUUUACGCUAUCGAGAACGUUAAAAAACUCGCAAUAAGCACACAGACGUAGUAUUUGAUACGAUUAAAGCGCUUUAAAAACUCUUUACAGAAGCCUGUCUAUGUAUGGUACCUUAAGCAGUUUUGGUUUUUAGCGACAUUCAUUAAAUAUUAAACAACAUACAGUUUUCACGGUUUGCAAAUCCUGAAUUCUCGUAGGCUUGAGUAAUUUUGAAAGAAUCGAUCACUCCACUCUCUCGAAAUAUUAAAUAUUUAUGCAAAAUAUCACGCACCCAUAUUUAUCGGAAGGUAGAGCUAAUAAUUUCAUAAUUAUAUAGCGUUAACGUUGCACACUACAUAUAUGAGAAUCUUAAUCAGUGGAUGAUGCUUUGUUAAACUAAAUUGUAUACUUAGUCGAGCUUUUUUCUAGCAAUACUGGUUCCUUUUGGAUAUAGAUCGCAGGGCUAACGCUGAGCUACCCGCAACCGCUGUAAUUUUUUCGCUGUAAAGAUCGGAGGCACUGGGUGGACACAUCCCUGACACGUGGGGUGAUUGUCCGGCAAUUCAAAAUUCAACUAAAAAAAAAGGUUGAAUACUAAUCUAAAUGCAAAUGAAGGCGAAUAAUUCAUAACGUUAUUAUCGCGUAACUUUGUCGCCAUGCUCUAGCUGGUUCUGGCUUAAUGUCGGCGCUAAGUGUAAGGAUGCUUCGGUCAAUAAUAAGACCGUUAUUCGCGUAUGCUCGUCCAAUGCCUGCAUAAGAUAUUCGUUUUGAUGUUAUUGACACACUCUAUAUACAUUAUUACAGUAAAGGCGCUUCAUCAUGUAGCGCUGUUAUCAAUAAUUGUGUUCGUCAUAUUGUCCCUGUGCACUUGUCGCGUUAGUCAUUUGAUGCGAAAAAUUUCGGUGUUUCAAUGAUUUUUCAAUCAAAUGAAUGUCAGGCAGCUGAUAUUAUAAUAAUAAAAAUUACAUAAGUCGCCGCUGGAUAAAAUUGAUGUAAUGUACAGAGUGUAUCCCGCCGCGCUGACUUUAUGAUUGUAUAUCCAAUGUGCCAUUUUACAAAGAAAUCCAAGAACUUUUAACUGGUAAACGUUUAUUGAGCUAACUAGGAACUGAUGAAGAUGGUAUUAUUUCGUGCCGAUUUAUUGUAUUUUGUUCGUAGUGUUCAAAUUCAGAUUACUACUUAUUUGACUUACUUGACUUUUAGACUUUGCUGCAAUAGCUGUCAUACUUUUUUUUUGUUGUGCUAUUUAAAUUGCAAUAGUUUUAGGACACUAAGGAUACUUCAUUCAUUAUGCUAGAUUUUUCAUGUUUCAUAUCGUCAUUGAGUAUUUCGUGAAUUGAAAAUAAAAGAGUUAAACUGUAGAUAAAGUUGAUAAAACAACAAUUCAAAAACAAAACACUUGAGUGCCUAUAUCUUACACAUUAUCUGUGUAAUAAUAUUAAUGGUAAAAUAAUAUUUUCUAUUUCAAUAAGAUCUAUGAAAAAAACAAUAAAAAAUAUACGUGACACUUCAACUCCCCUGACAAUAGUUAUAACUGGGGACUGGAUGAUAUCGAAAGAAUACGUUAGCUUGAACGGCGAUAGACUGUGAAACGCCUUGAUAUUUAAUGAAAAUUAAAUCUUAUCCAUAGCAAAUAUGAAAAUACUUAAAUAAAUCUAGAUUAAACAAAGGUAACUUGCUAGGAAUGAAAUAGAAAACUUUAACAUUCCGAACGGAAACAAUUUUUUGAAUAAUCUAUAAAUAUUGGUACAUAGAACGUUAGGACACUCUUAAGGAUGAUUUCAUUAAACAAAGUAGCUAAAUGAUAAAAUAGAACAAAGAACAAUAAUCAUGUAUUAAACUUCUCUUUAAUUUUUAAUGUUUUUAAAAUUUGACUAUUUUCAUUAUUUACCGAUGACUCCGAAUUAUUAUCAUUUUCUUUUUAGAAUCUCAAAAUUCCCUAAACAUAAAAAUAAAAUCUUUUUUUUGGUAAUAUAUGCGUGUUCAGAUAAUAAUCUGUCUAAACGAUGUAAUAUCUAAUUUGUAAAUUCGGCUGUAGCAAUUGUAUUUAAAAAGAAUUUGAUAUGUUGUAUUGUCAUUUGUGUAAUCAUAAAAGUUAACAAUUAGCUAAUAGGUCGAAUCUAAUAUGUAGCGUGCUUUGCUUUGCUACACUAUAAGGCCAACGGUUUCGCUACGAAAAGCAGCCGGUAAGACAAACAAUAAAAAAAACCGUACCUAUGCUUGCCACAUACAACCUUUGUGUCGUUAAAGUAUCCGUUUCCUUCGUAACUUACUAAAUUUCAGAAUAUGUACAUACACACGUGACUAUUUUCGAAUAAUAAAAUUCACAUUUUUCUGAAUAUACAUAAUUCACAUAUAUAUUAUAAUGAUGAUAGAUAAUAAUGUAAUCUAAUGUUUGCAAUAUUUAAUUGUGAUUUAUCGGUUAUUCGUGUUUUCUGCGAAAUUAAAGACUUGUGGUACUGGAAAUUUUCAUGUCUAAGUUUUAAGAUAAUGUUCCGUACCCUAAUAUGUUACUCAUUAUUUUCUAAAAUAUUAGUGCUUACAUGUAUUUUAGUUUUAAGUCAAAUAAAAUGUAACCAUGAA